AUGCCCUCAUACCAACAUUCCCAAGCACAAGAGAGCUACCGGUCCUACUUUGACUUUGUCCGUGACUUCGACAUCGACGGCGGCGAUGUCUCCCUGCAGGCCGUCCAUGUCGUCGAGACGGCAAAGCGGUACGCCGCCGCGUACGGCGACACAGAGGACGUCCUGAUGAGGGAGGCAGCCCAGAAGUACCGAAGCACCGAGCAUAGGGGCCGGGAGUUCAGGUUUUACGGAGCAAUCAUAAACCAGCUGAAGUACCCUCUGUCACAAGAGAUCAUCAAGCACAUGGAGAGGAAGGAGAGGAGGAGGCACCGCCACUGA